AUGUACCGCUCCCUCCUCCGUUCUUCUGCUUCUCUUUCUUUUCAGUUCCCAAGAUACCCUGCUCCUUUGAAGCUUCUUACGGUUGUUGCUCGCAAUAUGUCUGGUCUUUCAGUUGAGCUUACGGCACCUAAUGGUGUCAGGUAUACGCAGCCUACUGGUCUGUUCAUCAACAAUGAAUGGGUCAAGUCGUCGAAGGGAAACAAGAUUUCUAGCAUAAACCCUAGUGAUGAGAGCGAGAUUUGCUCCGUCGAAGCCGCCGAAGUCGAGGAUAUCAACAAGGCCGUAGCCGCAGCAAGAANNAAGGCAUUCAAGGGCGAGUGGAGAGAGAUUGCCAGCACUGACAGAGGGNAGCUCAUGAUCAAGUUGGCCAACUUGAUUGAACAACACAAGGAAGUUCUUGCAACAAUCGAGACUUGGGACAAUGGUGAGCAACACUCUCUACAAUGCCUCAGAAGACUAGAGUUGACAAGAGUUGUACAGNGCAAACCGUACUCAGUCGCAUUGAACGAGGACCUGGGCGAAGUCAUUGGAACACUCAAAUACUACGCUGGAUACGCAGAUAAGAUCCACGGACAAGUCAUCGAUACCACACCAGCCAAGCUGGCCUACACAAUCCGCGAGCCCAUUGGUGUUUGCGCUCAAAUCAUCCCUUGGAACUACCCUCUCGCCAUGGCAGCAUGGAAGCUUGGUCCCGCUCUCGCUGCUGGAAACACCAUCGUCCUCAAGCCCGCCGAGCAGACUCCUCUUGCUAUCCUCUACCUCGCCAACUUGAUCAAGGAGGCUGGUUUCCCACCUGGUGUCGUCAACAUCGUAAACGGCUAUGGUCGUGAAGCAGGCUCUGCCCUCGUCCAGCACAUGGACGUCGACAAAGUCGCUUUCACCGGCUCCACCGCAACCGGCCGCGAAAUCAUGAAGAUGGCUGCCGUCAACCUCAAAAACAUCACCCUCGAGACUGGCGGCAAGUCUCCUCUCCUGGUCUUCGACGACGCAGACCUCGACCAAGCAGUCAAAUGGUCACACAUCGGCAUCAUGUCCAACCAAGGCCAGAUCUGCACAGCCACCUCACGCAUCCUCGUCCAAGAAGGCAUCUACGACAAGUUCAUCGCAGCCUUCAAGGACCACUGCAAGGAGACCAGUGUCGUCGGCGACCCCUUUGCCGAAUCUACUUUCCAAGGCCCCCAAGUCACAAAGCAACAAUACGAGCGCGUGCUCUCCUAUGUCGAAGCCGGAAAAUCCGAAGGCGCAAAACUCAUCUCUGGCGGCGAGCCCUUCAAGCAAGACGGCAAAGGUUUCUUUGUCAAACCCACCAUUUUCGCAGACGUCAAGGACGACAUGCGCAUUUUCAAGGAAGAGGUGUUUGGGCCUUUUGUGGUAAUUUCGAGCUUCAAGGAUGAGCAAGAGGCGGUGGAUAGAGCCAAUAACUCUACAUAUGGUUUGGGCUCUGCGGUGUUUACUCAAGACAUUACAAAGGCGCACCGUGUGGCGAGAAAAAUUGAGGCUGGUAUGGUGUGGAUUAAUUCGAGCAAUGACUCGGAUUACCGUGUUCCGUUUGGAGGUGUCAAGCAGAGUGGUAUUGGCAGGGAGUUGGGUGAGGCUGGUCUUGAGGCCUACACCAACAAGAAGGCUAUUCACGUCAACUUGGGCACCAAGCUGUAA